AUGAAGCAGUCUGUGGCUCUUCUCGUAGUUGUAUUUUUUGUGUUUUGCAGUCUAGGAGAGACGAAAAAGCCAAAAGCUCAGAGAGUCAUUUAUGUCCAGAAGGUAGCAGCUGCCCCAAAACCUCUCACCGAAUACGAAUUGUGCAAGCAAGAAUGCAGAAUCCAACGAGACGCACAAUCAACCAAAGACCGUGUUGAGCAACUAAAACAGGAAUUAGAAGAAGCAGAGCAGUUGCUUGCUGAUCACAAUAAAAAUGUGGAUGCUCCAGAAAUUGCACCAGAAAGAGCUGAAGCUGCGGGGCAAGUCCCAACUGCCAGGAGAGCUAGCCGUUUCGACCAUCUCAAAAUGGCUGCAAACAAAAUUGUUGAGUCAACAAGUGAACUCAAGAAUGCUGUGACUGGAGGAGCAAGCGAUAAUGAAUAA